CCGGGACCAUGACGGAUCCUCGCGUGAGGCAGAUCAAGAUCAAAACGGGCGUGGUGAAGCGAUUGGUCAAAGAAAAAGUGAUGUAUGAAAAGGAAGCCAAACAACAAGAAGAAAAGAUUGAAAAGAUGAAAGCGGAAGAUGGUGAAAAUUAUGCCAUUAAAAAACAGGCUGAGAUUCUGCAGGAGUCCCUCAUGAUGAUCCCAGACUGCCAGCGUAGGUUGGAAGCCGCAUAUACUGAUCUUCUGCAGAUACUAGAGAAUGAAAAAGAGUUGGAAGAAGCUGAGGAAUAUAAAGAAGCACGAUCAGUACUAGAUUCAGUGAAACUAGAAGCAUGAAGACUUUCUGUACAGGGUGUUUUUAUGCGUGGUAUUCUAGAAUCCAUUCCAAAAUUCAUUAUUUUGACCACCGCUUUGUGUUCAGAUAGUAAUGAGAAUGUGAUUCUUCUAUGCAGUUUCGUAUUUUUUUGCUUAAUUUAAUGUCAAAUAAAUGAAUUCAUCAAAAAAUGUUUAUUUCAUACUUUAUAAAAUCAGACUUUUAUCAUUCAUUUAUCAUCAAAUUAUAGAUAUUUCUAACAUAAGUAAACUCUAUUUGAAGUUUAGAUACUUGCCUCAUAACUGGAUUGAGUUACAAACAGGACUUUUUUUUUUU